AUGCGAACAAGCUCCCGGGUAAACAAAGGCCAGCACUCGAAACGUGCGUUAGACACACUCUACGGCUACGACGACAUCCCCGAAGAAUCGUUCAAGCCUACACCGAAACGCCGCCGGGCCGUCGACGAGGACGAGGUGCGGUGCACCCCCUGUGGCACCACCAAAGACAACUACAACGAGGACGAGGACGAGGGCGGCACUUUCGUGUACUGUGAAGCGUGCAAUACCUGGCAACACGCCAAAUGUAUGGGCUUUCUGAACAAGAUCCCCGAACAGUAUCUGUGCAACGAGUGCCAGAUGAACUUUGAUGUGCGGUUCAAACUGCAGCCGUUCCGGGCGCUGACGGCGAAGGCGUUCUACGCUUACUUUAAGCUGUCAUUCCCUGAAGACUACAAGUUCAAAGAAGGUGAGAAUGCCGAGACUUUGGCCCGCAAAUGGGCAUUCGACAUUGAGCUGAUAUUGUUCAAAGAGUUCCCCAAAGCUAAGUACAGCUCGGAACUGCGGCGGAUAUUGUUCCUCCUCAAGAAGAACUUUAUGGCCGAUAUUCAGGCGGGGACAAUCACUUUUGCCCAAGUGGUGAAGAAGACCCCCGAACAGAUUAACGCCCUGAUUGCGCGGGUGAAGCUGAAACUUAAAGAGGAUUUAAAGAACCAAGUGUUGGGGCCGCUGCAGCUCGAAGCCAUGCGCCAACAACAGCGUGAGCAAGAAGCGGCCGAGGCGCUGGCCGACAACUUGGUGGUGCGGCUGGUCGACCACCGCCAGUUUCUGGUGCUGGACACCGAAGCGCCGAAGAUCAUUCGCCCGCUUCUGCCCUCAGCGAACCCGACGUUUGUUAACCACGAUGAUGACGAUGAUGACGAUGAUGUACCUACUGCUGACAUAAACGGCGACGAUGCCCCCGUCCACAGCGACCUGCUGCUGACGUCGCUGCUUGACUCGGUGCAGACGCCGCUGACCGUGGCCACCGAGCCCGGCGCGUCUAUAGCUCUUUCCUCUAAGCCCUCCUCUCCUCCUCUCUGGCACGGCACGAUUAAUUUCCCCGACUUUGCCUCGUUUAGCGCUAGCGCCACCACCGUGUUGCGCACCCCUGCUACCGACGCCGUCACCGCCACCGCCACCGUUAAGGAUAUCAUGAAGUCUAGCCACUACACCGUCGAGGGCCGCCUCGACCGUUCGCGGGCCGACGCUUAUCUCGACGUGGUGAAACAGUCAUGCGAUGUGUAUUUGGUGAAGGUGGAAGGCGACGGCGCCGAGUACCAGAAGUUGUAUGACUACUUGUUGUUCAAGAACAAGGUCGGGGUGUUGGACAACCGUCCCCAGUUUGUAAAGGACAGCUACCUUGCCGUGGUCGACUUCCGCGACCAGGGCCGGCCUCAGUGGUUGCGUGCCUUCGACAAGGGCGACGACAUCGGCAUGUAUGUGGUGUACGUGGUCCGUCGGGGCCAGCGCCCGCCUCAACCGAAGUUUGAGGACUUGUUGAGCCAGUUGUAG